AUGUUGCUCAUCAACAUACUCCUCUUCUGUCUUGCUAUACUCCAUGCCGAAGCCUCACCCUCCCUCCCCGACCUCACCACUACGUUCUCCCAGAUCUCCUUCCAUCUCGACAACGCCCACAUUUCCAACUGCUCUCUCACCACCACCAACCUCCCGCCUCAUAGAUCGCUCCCUGGCCCCAGCCCAGGCCUCCAUCUCAAAUACGUGACGGUGGGCCGAGGAACCCAAAACUACACUUGCCAAGAAAACUCCAACACUACAGCGCCCCAGGCAGUGGGUGCCGUUGCAACGCUGCUCGAUCUUUCCUGCUUGGCUGCGUUCAAUCCAGCACUUCUUCACAACUUCACUCCUGUCGUGAGAGCAGUACACUCAGAGACACUACCAUUCCUUGCCCUGCUUGGCAGCCAGCUCUCCUCGUCAUCGACAAAAUUCAUCUUGGGAAAACAUGAGUUUAAUGCUGCCGGCCAGCCAGUUUUCGAUCUGCAACUUGCUGGUGGGAGUGACUGGAUGGCAACUAAAAAGAAUGCUAGUAGCGGAGCACCCGACGAUAGCACUAUAAACGUGCCUUGGCUGAAGCUUACCUCCGUCAACGGAACUGGCAUCAGGGAAGUUUACCGCCUGCAUACUGUGGGAGGUCAGCCUCCAACUAAUUGCCAAAAUCGUAAGGGUACGUUUCAGGUGGAAUAUGCGGCCGAGUAUUGGUUUUACGGUUGA